CAAAAUGGAACCAAUCUUUUCUCCAAAACCAAUGCUAUGGUUUCUUUCUACUCUUGUGCUCCAUUCAUCACUUCCUUGCUCUUCUGCUACAUAUUCAGCAUCAGAGUUCAACACUACUUUCAUUCACUGCCUUAUAAACACUACUUCUGAUUCUUCUUCUUCUCACCCCAUAACAGAAUCAAUCUUCACACCAAACAAUGCUUCGUUCUCUUCAGUGUUGCAAUCCUACAUUAGAAACCUUCGUUUCAACACCUCCACAACAAAGAAACCACUCCUUAUAAUCACUGCUUUGCAUGUAUCCCAUGUACGAGCAUCCAUCCUUUGUGCUCAGAAACACAACAUGCUGAUGAAGAUUCGUAGCGGAGGCCAUGAUUACGAGGGUGUUUCUUAUGUGACUCAUAACCAUGUUCCAUUCUUCAUCUUGGACAUGUUCAAUCUGAGAUCCAUUGAGAUUGACAUAGAAACUGAAACAGCUUGGGUCCAGGUUGGUGCAACACUUGGUGAGCUCUACUAUAAUAUUGCUCAUGAGAGUAAAAUUCAUGGCUUCCCAGCAGGGGUGGGUCCCAACGUUGGUGUUGGAGGACACCUAAGUGGUGGUGGCUAUGGCAAUAUGAUGAGAAAAUAUGGCCUUUCAGUGGACAAUGUUCUUGAUGCACAAAUACUUGAUGUUCAAGGUAGAUUGCUUGAUAGAGAUUCCAUGGGUGAAGAUCUCUUUUGGGCUAUUAGAGGUGGUGGUGGUGCUAGCUUUGGUGUUGUCCUUUCCUACAAAAUCAAGCUUGUUAGAGUUCCGGAGACAGUUACCGUUUUCCAAGUUCCAAGGACCUUGGAGCAAAAUGCAACAGAACUAGUUUAUAAUUGGCAAUAUUUUGCACCAAAUACUGAUCCUAAUCUUUUCAUUAGGCUGAUUUUGGAAGUUGAAAAUGGUGCUGAAACUUUGACAAAGACAAUAAGGGCUACCUUUGUAGCAAUGUUCCUUGGUGACUCAAAAAGCCUUGUGUCUCUCAUGAAUGAGACAUUUCCUCAAAUGGGUUUAAGGCAACAAGAUUGUAUUGAAACAUCAUGGCUCAAAUCUGUGUUGUUUUGGGACAACAUGGACAUUUCCACAACUCCAGUUGAGAUCUUGCUUGAAAGAACUCCACAGUAUACACUCAAACACCUCAAGAGGAAAUCUGAUUAUGUUCGAAAACCGAUUUCGAAAGCGGGUUGGGAAGGGAUUUGGAAGAAGAUGAUUGAGUUGGAGAAUGGUGCAAUGUACUUCAACCCUUAUGGUGGAAGAAUGGCUGAGAUCCCUUCAAAUGCAACACCUAUACCUCAUAGAGCUGGGAAUCUUUGGAAGAUUCAGUACCAUGCAAAUUGGAAUCAAAAAGGAAAAGAGGUUGAAGAUCAGUACAUAAACAUGAUUAGGGAACUUCAUAGGUACAUGGCUGCUUUUGUGUCCAAGAAUCCUAGACAAGCUUAUUUCAAUUACAAGGAUCUUGAUUUGGGUAUAAACUACCAUGGUAAAAACAGUUACUAUCAAGGUAGGGUUUAUGGUUAUGAGUAUUUUAAGGAUAAUUUCAAUAGGUUGGUUCAAAUUAAGACUAAGGUUGAUCCCAACAAUUUCUUUAGGAAUGAACAGAGCGUCCCUGUGAUCAGUUACAUGGGAAGUGUUAGAAUGGAGAGUGAAAAAUCAUUACCUUAUACUUUGUUAUUUUUGUUAGUAUUAAGCUUGGUUUUUGAAAGUAAGAAUUAUAUAUUUAGAUCCAUUUCUUGUUGUCUGAAUUCAUUAGUCAAGUUCUGUACCAAAAAUAAUUAAUCCAUUGGUUGUGUGAUGUGAAAUUGAGUAUGAAUUUAUGAUU